CGCGUUCCAUGACUUCCCCCAGUGAAAAAUUGUUGAAAAAUCUUUGCGUUUGGUUCAAUGAUGAGUUUGUUGGCCAUAGGAACUGGGGCUUUACUAUUUACUGCACGGGAUACGGACCUUCAUCUGACCAGCAAUGGCAAAAACUUCUCCAAACGAUCCAGGUUAAGGCGCACGAGGGAGCUCUAGACAGAACCGAAACCACCGAACAAGACCCCGGCUUCCAACAGAUAUGGUCCCUUUUCCGUCUUGAUGCACGCUCAGACCCUGCUUUAGCUAGCCUUGGUAUAGAUCGACUUCGCGACCUAUACAAUCAUGGUGAGGGUGGCCAACCAAUGAAUACGGACUAUAAGUUGCACCGGAUCUUUCUUUUCGCCGAUGACGAGGUCCUGUCAGACCCCGCUGGUUCUAUUGUUAAAUGUGUGGAUGCCGACUACCGUGUAGAGGACUAUAUUCCGCGCAAUACAAGAAUGGGUGGACAACGUUACUUUGGGUGGAUGCCAAUGAGGGCUGGAAGCGUGGCGGAAUUGUGGUUUCAACUGGAUACAUGGGAACUGGAGCGAAUUGCCCCUCUUACCAUUGGCGGAAGUCACUUGGUAAUCUGGGAUGGGGAUCACUGGUGAUGCGAACGAGCGGGGAAGGUCUUGCACGUGCAAAAGAUGAAGCCGGCUGAGAUCUGAAGUCACUUCGAUUCAGUUUGCUUCUCUUUGAUCCGGAAUACAGUGCCUAGCGAAACCGGCUUCCUCUCGAACGCAAGCUCAACGAAGUGUGCGCCACACUAUAAGCAAGGAUUGUGUUACUCCACCUAACAAACUUGGCAUAGCGUUAACAUGUCAGAACAUGUGCAACAAAUUGCUACCGUAAUACUAAAAAUUGUAAUUCAAUUGAGUCUGCAUGGGGUCAUUCCAGACUGCUGUGUUGUUGCUUCCUUUUAUCUCGUGCUUUAUGCGACGUAUGUGCUUUUUCACUGUUGCCACUACUGCUUCUUCCCUUCGACUUUCCUCGCCUGCGCACGAUCGCCCACUCCUAACGUUUCAUUCUGCAUUCGAAUAUCCAUGCUCAAUCGAUACAUCAUCAUACCCACAAAUACCGCGGCGAUGACAAGGAGAAAGAGGGUCAAUAU